AUGAUAAAUAAAAUUGUAAAAAAUGUUAUAGAAAAUCAAUUUAAAGGAUAUAAUAAAUUAAAAGAUUUACCAAUUUCAUUAUUUGUUUAUUGGCCAUAUUGUAGUAAAAUAUGUCCAUAUUGUAAUUUUAAUAAAUAUAGAGAUUCAGAUAAGGUUGAUCAUGAAAGAAUGUCAAAAAGUUUAUCAAGAGAAUUAGAAUCAUUUGUAAAGAAUAUAUAUUUAAAUAGUAAUGAAAAUAGUUUUAUAAGAGAAAGACCAAUAACAUCGAUUUAUUUUGGCGGUGGUACGCCAUCGUUAGCAAAGAUUUCAACAUUUGUAGAAACCAUUGAAACAAUGAAAAAACUAUUCCCAUCGUCAUUGAGUAUUGAAGAUAUUGAAAUCACAUUGGAGGUAAAUCCAGAUCAAAAAGAUUUAAAAAAUUUAUUAAAAGAUUUUAAAAAAUAUGUUGGUGUUAAUAGAGUUUCAUUGGGUGUUCAAUCAUUGGUUGAUAAAGAUCUCCAUUUUUUAGGUAGAACUCAUAAUAGAAUUCAAGCUGAAGAAAGUAUAAAAAUUGCAAGAGAUUUAUUUGACCAUGUUACAUUUGAUUUGAUUUAUUCUAGAACUAUAGAUCAAACUUUGGAACAAUGGAGAAAUGAAUUGAGAUAUGCUUUGAAUUUAGCAGAUGGUAAUGGUCAUGUUUCAUUAUACACACUAACCUUUGAACAAGGUACAUCAUUCUAUAGAAGAUUGUCUUCAAAAGGUAAUAAAUUUAAAAUCAUUCCACCUGAUGAUCAAAAAUCAUCAGACCUUUAUGAUUUAACGGUUUGUGAAGCUGAAGCUAUGGGUUUCCAACAAUAUGAAAUUAGUAGUUUUGCAUCUUCACAUAAUCAAAAAGGUAAACAUAAUUUAAAUUAUUGGAGAUCUGGUGAUUUCAUUGGUAUUGGUCCUGGUGCUUCUUCAAGAUUGACAACUUUAAAUAAUAAUAAUAAUAAUAAUAAUCAAAUUUCAAGAUAUUCUUUCAAAAAUAUAUUACACCCAAAAGAGUGGAUGGAAAAGUUAAAUUCAAAAGAAAUAUUAUGCAAUGCAUUCAUUGAAGAUGAAUUUAAUCCAACCAUACCUUUAACAAAUUUUGAAGUGGCUGAAGAAAUGUUACUCAAUGGUUUGCGUACUAUUGAAGGUGUUCAGCUUUCAACUUUUACUUUUCAAACUAAUGGUUUAACUUUUGAUCAAUUUUUAAAUAUGAAACAAGUUGAAAUAUUACAAGAACAAGGAUUUUUAAUAUUAGAACCAACUUGUUUAAAAUUAACUGGAAAUGGUAGAAAAUUAUUAGAUACUAUAAUUCCAAAGAUUUUAAAAUAUUAA